AAAUACCAAAUAUCUUCUUUGAUGACGCGUUCGUGUUGGAUGAAAAGUUGUGUGAAAAUUCUCGAAAUCCUCCGAUGAACGAAUAUGUUAAAACAUUAAUUAUCAGCAUUGAGAAGGCAUGUUUUGAGGUUUAUGGUGUCAAUAUGAAAAUAAAACCUCCAGUCAAAACUGAAACUCCUUAUGGUGGUCGCCUCAUAUGGACUUUGCCUGGUCGAUCCAAAAUGAUUGCUCAUUUGAAAAAUAAAGACAAAAUCAGGCACAAGAAGCGUUGGUCUCAAGUUAUGUACAUGUAUUAUUUACUUGGCUUUCGAAUAAUGGAGUUAGAAGGUAUAUCUGCACGGCGCAAAGCCGUUAUCGCGGAGAACACAUUCCUCUUGGCAUUGGAUGGUGAUAUCGAUUUCCAACCACAGGCCGUGCAGCUUUUAAUUGACCGCAUGAAAGCCAUAGAUGAGUUGGGUGCAGCUUGUGGACGAAUUCACCCCGUUGGACGUGGACCCAUGGUAUGGUACCAAAUUUUCGAAUAUGCCAUAGGCCAUUGGCUCCAAAAAGCCACAGAGCACGUCAUUGGCUGUGUGCUCUGCAGUCCGGGAUGUUUUAGUCUCUUUCGUGGCAGUGCACUUAUGGAAAAUAGCGUGAUCAAGAAGUACACAACGGUAUCAAGUGAGCCCAUGCAUUAUGUUCAGUACGACCAAGGUGAGGAUCGAUGGUUAUGCACAUUGAUUUUGAAGCAGGGCUUUCGCGUCGAGUAUUCAGCCGCUUCGGACGCUUACACACAUUCACCAGAGAUGUUUAAUGAAUUCUAUAAUCAGCGUCGCCGUUGGGUGCCCUCUACUAUUGCUAACAUAUUUGAUUUGUUAUCCGAUGCAGACAUAGUUGUAAAGAACAAUAGUUCUAUUUCAAUGCCGUACAUCGCAUAUCAGGCAAUGCUUAUGGUUGGUACAAUCUUGGGACCAGGCACCAUCUUCCUGAUGAUGGUCGGAGCAUUAGUAGCUGUGUUUAGUACAAGCAUUUGGAGCUCUUUUUUGUGGAACUUCAUCCCUGUACUAUGUUUUAUAUUAUCUUGCGUUUAUUUGAAGCAGAAGUUUCAGCUUUUGCUAGCUUUUGUAAUAAGCUCUAUGUAUUGUCUGGUAAUGAUGGCCGUUUUGAUUGGCAUAAUCAUACAAAUGAUAGAUGAUGGGCCAUUAGCUCCAGCAUCGCUUUUCUUUCUCCUGGUUUUCAUACAAAUUUUUAUUGCAGGCGUGGUUCAUCCACAAGAGGUCAGCGCGUUAAUCUGUGGCUUUAUCUACUACAUCACCAUCCCCUCUAUGUACAUGUUACUUCUUAUUUAUUCUGUUUUUAAUAUGAAUGAUGUUUCGUGGGGUACAAGGGAAGUCGCUGUAAAAAGGGAUGAAGAUAUAGAAACAGCGUCAGGUGAUAUUGAAGCCGGAAGUCGAGAGUAUUUACCCGGCUGGAUAAACGACCCGUUAUUGGUUGACUCUGAGUUGGGCGAGAUAUCUCUUAAAGAAAAACGUUUUUGGAAGGAAUUGAUUAAACAUUACUUGCGGCCAAUGUUUCACACAAUAGAAAAGAAAGCCGAAAUUGCUGAGAGCCUUCGAGAAUUACGCAACAUGUUCGCCUUUGCGUUUAUAAUGAUUAACUCCAUUUUCGUUUUGAUUGUCUUUUUACUCCAACUGAAAAAGGAUUAUCUACACCUGGAGUGGCCAAUUGAUCCAGUUGACUACAUAACGUACGAUGAUACCAAUUCCCAAAUUUACGUUUAUAGACGUCAUAAAGAAUUGGACCCCAUCGGUUUAUGUUUUGUUUUGUUUUUUGGCUUGAUAUUGAUUAUACAGUUUAUUGCAAUGUUUUUCCACCGUUUUGCAACAAUAUCGCAAUUAUUAGCCACAACUCAAUUGGAUUGGUUUCGAACGCCUAAUACAGUAAGUUGGAGACAUGCAUUAAGUGUAAAUAUUUACAGAAAAUUUGUUUUGUAUGUAUCGACUCCUUUGCGGGAAAUCAUCGUAUGUGCAAUUUUAAAAGUGACAUAUUUUUCGAAAUUGACUUUCUGUUACAAAUUUAUUCUAAACCACACGCCUAAUCACCUGGUCAAAUAUUGUAGCUUAAAUCUCUAUAGUUGCGCCAAAAAUUUAGUGUAUAUUUUAUCACAUGUGCCACAAAGUAUUUUGUUCGUAGUAAAAAAAUAAACCAAAAAAAACAAUGUAAAAAAAAUAUUUUUU